GAGGUCCGUCGGGCAGACAGCCAGGAGCCCUUGAGGGACGCCACGAGCAGUGGCGCCGGCGCCUCACCAGUGGACAUGGCUGUGAUUUGGGUGAAGAAGGCGGCCAAGGGCAGUACGCAGUGGACGGAUAUCGGCACAAAGCGACAGCUGUCCCACUAUAAGUUCCGGAAGAGGCUGAAGCCCCUCACGGUGCUGAUCAAGUUUCUCUACUUGGGCUUAGCCUUUGUAGAGGUGCCUUCCUGGUGCCUGGUGAAGGACUAUUGUCUUGAGAAGGAUGGGAUUUACAGCUGGAAGAUCCUUCAGUUGCCUUUCCAAGUCUCCAACGGGAUCGAUGCUCGUCCCAAACGAGCCUUCCGGGUGUGCCGCGUGUGUCGGCCGUUGAUUCUCAUGUGCGCCACGAAGUUCCUGCGACGGACGCUCAACCGCUUGUGGUUGGCAUUCGUGGACUUCUGGACGGUCCUAGCUUCCUUGGCUUUGUGCGUGAUCUUCUUCGUUUGGCUGGGUAUCGUGAUCUUCGCACGGACCAAGGAGGGUGAGAAUCACUUCGACGAGUGGUCGCAGUCGGCGGCCUCGUUGUGGAUCCUCUUCACCACGGCCAACUUCCCCGAUGUGAUGGUGGAUUCCUACACCAACGUCCGCAUGUCCUUCUUCUUUUUCUUCUUCUAUUUGGUCAUCUCGCUUUAUUUGUUGAACAAUAUCUUGCUGGCGGCGGUAUACGAUGCCUACAAAGAUCAGCUUCGGAACCAACUCCAGACCUUCUACCGCAAGCAGAGCUACUCCAUUGACCGGGCCUUCCAACUCCUCGCUGACCAUUCAGCACCACCGGGCCUCAACACGCGCCACGCCCGCGCGGGCCCGAACGAGCUGGCAGAACGUGAUCCAGAGCUGGUAGGAUCCGAAGAACAGGAUCGAGAAGCAGGUGUUGCCGCGACUUGCAUUGGCAGCAAGAGAGAUCAUAGCUUUGUUCAGCAGCAGGCACUGCAAACCUUCCAAGCACUGGACAGUGACGGCAGCAGCUGUAUCACCAAAGAUGAGUUCAAACUGGUUGUCCAUGUGCUGUCCGAUCCCCAAAUCUAUAUUCCUUUGCGGCCCCUGCCGGAAGCGUCGAGUACAACCUGGGGCCGCCGCUUGCGCUUCCUUUUCCAAAAAGGCAUUGCGUGGCGGCACCGUCGCCUGCCCUGGUGGAUGGUGGUGGACUUUGUAGUGUUUCUGGAGAUUGCUUUGGCUUUUGGGCAGACGUGUAUUUUUGUCUCCCCGGUGGGUGGGAAAUUCAACGAUCAGCCGUUGGCGCCACGGAGCAUUUGGUUUCGACUGCUGUCCCUGACCACGGGCUUUGUCUUUGUGAACAUGAUCUUGCAAAUCGUGACCUUUGGCUUGGACCGCUUUUGGAAUAGACGCCGUUUGCGGCAUCGAUUUGAUCUCCUGAGCAUUUCGGCACUCUGUGGCUUGGAGAUCGCCAGCUGUUGCUUCUCUUCUCCUCCAGACUACCUCUUGCGGACUCUGCUGGUGCUCCACAUUUCUCGGGGCAUUUGCUUGACCGAGCACGUGCCACCCUUGCGCUAUUUGGCGGCCAUGGUGGCUCACCUGGUGCCGGUCUAUAGCCAGCUAGGCCUUUUGCUCUUCUUGGUCUACUACAUCUUCGCCACGGUCGGUGUCCAACUCUUUGGUGGUUUGAUCGAUGUGCACAACCCAAACCUCGACCACACCGGCUUCGCCGAAGCCCAGUAUUGGCCGUUGAAUUUUAAUGACUUCCUCUCUGCCUUGGUGACCCUGUUCUGCUUGAUGGUAGUGAACAAUUGGUACGUGGUGGCGGAUGGCUUUAUGGCGGUGACCAGCAACUACAGUGCUAUCUUCUUUGUGUGUUUCUUCGUGAGCGUCAACCUGGUGGUCCUGAAUAUCCUCAUGACCCUCAUUUUGGAGAGCCUCUUGGACGUCAAAAGAUGGGAAACAGGCACUCAGGAAGCGGAACCGCUGCCUAAAUAG